AUGCCAACUUCUUUUUCGAAGGAAGCUUGCCAGAAACCUCACUUGCUGAGCACAGGUUUUUCCUUCAUAACAACACGAGUUUUUGAAUUUUUGGAUAGUGAUGCAAAUUUAAUUUCAAACUCCAUUCUUGUUAAAUCCAUGCUCGGAUUAUCGACACUUGCAGCCAUUGUUAGUGAAAUUUAUUUUCCGAUCAUAACUUCUGUACUACAACUUCGAUCGGAAAGUGACAUGAUCAGCUCGGAACGAAAUCGAUUACGAGAGACUGAAAUAUUGAUGAAAAGGGACGUCAUUCGAUUUUUAAGCUGGAAUGGCAUCGUGAGCUCGGGAUUGGUAGCUUGGAUCAGCUCUUUGGAAUCCCCGUCAUCAUUUUCAAAAAUUAUUUUCAUGAUUUUGUCUGCCUUCUCGCCAGCAAUCAUCUCACAAAUUAUAGAUGCACUAGGUCAGAAGCAAUAUCACACGGCACUGUAUAGUGAUGAUGAAAGUACUAUAUUGCCUCUUCUGAACAAUGCAAAACAUGCAUCGACCUCUCAAUGGAAAAAGCUCACCACAUUUAUCAAGACCAUUUUCACACAACCAUCCUACUCAUUACCAUUGCUCUCGACAGCAUUCAUUCCAUUGUGGCCUGUGCUCAUAUCGAAUAGGUUAAUUCCUCAAUUAAGUUUUAGUGCAACAUCUGAAUUAAUGAUUGAAGGGUACAAGCAUCAACUCAAUGAAAUGCAAGAUCACUCAACACAUUCCAAUUUCAUACAGGAAACAUCCUCUCUCAUUCAACAGCUACAGAAUAGAGAUUAUUUCUACAUGCUCUUAUAUUCAUAUCCCACUGGUAUUGCUGCAGGUGCUACCAUCCAUGCCUUGUAUCUGUUAGGUGAAGAGCGAGGAUGGCGAGAUUUUCUAUGGAAUAGACUUGUGGAAAUUGAGAGAUGCAAAUCAAACAGAAGAAAUACUUCAAUGAGCACUUUUGAAUUUUUCAAAAACUCUCUUCUUGUUGGAUUUGCUCAUGGUCUGUUCCAGCUUCCAUUCACACUUCAAGGUCAACACUUUGGAAUGGAUAAUUCACGUUGGGGAUCUCUCUGCUUGUUGCUAAACUCAACCUUACUGUCUCCAAUACUAUGCUUUUUGUCUCAGAAAAUCAAACAUGAAACUGGGUAUAACAGAGAUUAUGGAAUUGUGUCGAGUGUGGCAAGAGGAAUUUUUCAGGCAGUGGGUGGAUGGAGUUUUUACUUUUCCAAGCUGAAUUUGCAUGACAAGAGCUAUAGCAAUCUGUUUGUGGGACCACUCGCACUGAAUACCUCCAUCACACUCGCUACAAUUAAUUUGAUGCUGCUAGGGCUGAUGUGUUGUGAUUCAAAAUACACAUAUAGCUCUAAAUUAUAUUUCAAAUAG